AUCAUUGGCUGUAGCAUUCUCUUUCUCUCAGCUCUAUUCGCUUCGUCCGAGUGUUGUUAGGGAUUGUAAAUUCGUUUUCCAAUUCACAAUUCCUCUUUACUGAAAAAUGAAGAUGAUCGUAUUGAAGAGUUCCGACGGCGAAACCUUCGAGGUAGAAGAGUCAGUUGCCGUAGAGUCGCAGACAAUCAAGCAUAUGAUCGAAGACGACUGCGCCGACACCAGCAUCCCUUUACCUAACGUGACGAGCAAGAUCUUAGCUAAGGUGAUUGAGUACUGCAAGCGCCACGUGGACGCCGCCUCUAAGACGGAAGAUAAGGCCGUCGAGGACGAUCUCAAGGCUUUCGAUGCUGACUUUGUCAAAGUUGACCAGAGUACCCUCUUCGAUCUCAUCCUGGUCUGUAUCUCUUUAUUUUGAUACUGCUGUUUAUAC